AUGUCGGAUUCUUCUUCAUCGGACGGAGAGGACGACCAGAAGUUUCUUAAAAAUCGAAAGAAAACUCUCACUAAAAAAAAGACUCCAGAAGAAAUUGAGGAUAAUGUAGAAGAGAUCGAAGAGGAGAAGACAUUUGCAGAGCUUGGAGUCUCACAGCCACUGUGUGAUGCUUGUCAAAGAUUGGGUUGGAUGAAACCAUCAAAAAUUCAACAAGCUGCUCUUCCUCAUGCUCUUCAAGGAAAAGAUGUGAUUGGUUUAGCUGAAACAGGAUCCGGAAAAACAGGAGCAUUCGCUAUACCUGUUUUGCAAUCGCUCCUUGAUCAUCCGCAAGCAUUUUUCUGUCUGGUUCUCACACCAACUAGAGAGCUCGCAUUUCAAAUCGGUCAGCAGUUUGAAGCUCUUGGUUCAGGAAUUGGACUGAUUGCUGCUGUUAUUGUUGGAGGAGUUGAUAUGGCUGCACAAGCAAUGGCUCUCGCCAGAAGACCUCAUAUCAUUGUAGCCACUCCAGGACGUCUUGUGGAUCAUCUUGAAAACACAAAAGGAUUCAACUUGAAAGCACUGAAAUUUUUAAUCAUGGACGAGGCUGAUCGUAUUCUCAAUAUGGACUUCGAAGUUGAGCUCGACAAAAUUUUGAAAGUAAUUCCAAAAGAGCGAAGAACGUAUCUGUUCUCAGCUACAAUGACUAAGAAAGUUUCAAAAUUGGAACGCGCCUCUCUGCGAGAUCCAGCACGUGUUUCGGUUUCCACUCGUUAUAAGACUGUUGAUAACCUCAAGCAACAUUAUAUCUUCAUUCCAAACAAGUACAAAGAGACCUAUCUCGUUUAUCUUCUCAACGAACACGCUGGAAAUAGUGCUAUUGUAUUCUGUGCGACGUGUGCAACUGCAAUGCAAAUCGCCGUUAUGCUACGUCAACUCGGAAUGCAAGCAGUACCACUUCAUGGACAAAUGAGUCAGGAAAAACGACUCGGAUCACUGAACAAAUUCAAGAGUAAAGCUCGCGAUAUCCUUGUGUGCACUGACGUGGCAGCUCGUGGAUUGGAUAUUCCACAUGUUGACAUGGUCAUCAAUUAUGAUAUGCCAUCACAGUCAAAGGACUAUGUUCAUCGAGUUGGAAGAACUGCUCGUGCCGGAAGAAGUGGUCUAGCUAUUACUGUUGUUACACAGUAUGAUGUAGAAGGUUAUCAGAAAAUUGAGGCGAAUCUAGGAAAGAAAUUGGACGAGUACAAAUGUGUGGAAAACGAAGUGAUGGUUUUGGUGGAACGGACUCAAGAAGCACUAGAGAAUGCAAAAGUUGAAAUGAAAGAAAUGGAUGAAAAGAGAAAAUCAGGAAAGAAGAGGAGGCAGAAUGAUGACUUUGGGGAUACCGAGGAAAAUAGCGGACGAUUCAAAAUGGGAAUCAAGAGCAUGGGUGGCGGCGGUGGUGGUGGAAAGAAGAAGAAAUUCAAAAAGUGA